AACCUCGCGGAGAAAGUGAACCACGUGCCCCCGAUACUUGUACUGCUGCCCUCGCACAAGCAUAAUGUUCACGUGGACGUGAACACGAGCAAUCAAAGACUCUUCGGUAGGCGUAAGCUGGGGCAAUCGGAAAUACGGCUCGUCGGGGCGGCGUUUCUCAUCCUUUCGAUAGCAACGCGCACAAAUGCCAUCGCAAUCGAUCUUCAUCUGGAACCAACUCUCUUGGCAUCGACCGCAAAACUGCAUUUGGUCAUUGUCCAGCUUUGUCCAGAACUCGCGGAGGAUUGCCUUGUCGCGACCAGUCAAGGCGCAAGCCUCAAGGUCUCCAUUCCACACCGGGUCUUGUGCGUGAAAUACCGCCGAUUCUUCAGGUGGAAUCAUCACUGGACUCCGAUACCGUCGUGGCGGCCUCGACGAUCGAGGCAGGACCACGGCGACCACGCCUUGGCCGUGCGGAAGGCUGCGGUAAGCGAUGGCGAAGAGGGCUUCCAUCCACGGAAUUAUUAUCGUCGUUCUCGUCUUCGUCCCACUGGGUCGGAAUCACACUCCACCCCUAAUUGUUUGAGGUACCUCCGUGGUCGAGCAGGCGAAAGGAGUAAGUUGAAAUAG